AUGCACCCACAUCCCACGUCCCCCCUCACGUCCCCUCUCCCCCAGCUAUCCAAGUACGCGGACCCCUCGUGCUUCACGUACAACCUGAACCACGUGGUGCUGCUGGUGGGCUAUCGCCUCACCGGCUCAGACCCGACCUUCCCGCACAUGGCGCCGCCCUUCUGGAUCAUCCGCAACUCAUGGGGCCCGGAGUGGGGCGACGGCGGGCACAUGCGGAUGGACAUCCAGGGGGGCGACGGCGUGUGUGGGAUCAACACGCUGCCUGGGAUCUACUCGGUGGUGCGCGCUGCCAAGGACCCCUGCAGCGUCAACGGCACCAGCAGUGGGGUGUUUGGGCCGCUCUUCAACCCCUGUGGCAACUUCACGUGCACGCCCACGCCUGAUGGGGCCAGCAACCACUGCGACUGCAACGACCCGCGAUUCGUUGAGGCGCUUCAACCGGACAACUCGCGCACCUGUGCUUACAGUGAGCUCUCCCCUGUGCUUACAGUGAGCUCUCCCCUGUGCUUACAGUGA